ACAUACAGAGCCCAAAGGCCGAAACUAAGACGCCAUUUUUCACUUUCUCAGCUUCUUACUAUAAAAUGAUGUCCUGACCUAAAACCCUAAUCGUCUCCUUUCAUAGAACGCCGAUCCAGAUAUACGCCGAGGAUAUGGCACCAAAACAGCCUAACACAGGCCUCUUUGUUGGAUUGAACAAAGGUCAUGUUGUCACCAAGAAGGAGUUAGCUCCUCGCCCAUCUGAUAGAAAAGGCAAAACAAGCAAAAGGUCGCAUUUUGUGAGGAAUUUAAUCCGUGAGGUAGCUGGAUUUGCACCAUAUGAGAAGAGGAUUACUGAGUUGUUGAAAGUUGGAAAGGACAAACGUGCCCUUAAGGUCGCCAAGAGAAAGUUGGGUACCCACAAGAGAGCAAAGAAGAAGAGAGAGGAGAUGUCAAGUGUUCUUCGCAAGAUGAGGUCUGGUGGAGGUGCAGAGAAGAAGAAGUGAGGACUUUUUCAGGAUUUAGUUUUCUUUGCAUAAUUUUGUUAAACUUUUAGUAGUUAAGUAAAACAUCUGUCUUCUCUAUUAUGUGAUUUGGAUUUUGUGUACUUUUUUUAAAAAGAUCGUUCUUUAUGAUAUGAUUUUGCUGGA